GUUAACCUUGUCAUAUGUUGGCAUUCGUUUAGCUUGUUAUAUAUCGUACAUUAUUGUUUCGAUUCUACUGUCAGAUUGCAUUUUUUUUGAUUUCUACUUCCCUAUAUAGAUAUGUAAUAUAUGUAUUAUAGAUAUGAAAUAAUUCUUUGCUGUUUUUGUAUUCCGAAAUUUCUUCCGGCAUCCCAUUUACACCUCCAGAAACAAAAUACAUGUACAAUACACGCUUCAUUUGACCAUAUACCAGCAUAUAAAAAAUUUACAGGAGCUGCUUGGAGCCUGCCAGUGGCUGCAGCAGCAGUGGUCGGAACUGAAGUGUCCUCUCGUGUGCCAUGAUAAUGCUAAAACAAGGCCGAGCGACCCUGCCAAAACUUCUUUCUGGUGUCACUCAUCAAACAUCAGCCUUGCAAUUGCGAAGACUUUUGGCCAUUUGCAAACGAGCGACAUGGAGGGAAUGGUUAAACAGACGCCACAAAUCUGAAACAAGCAACAGCAAUAGUACGCUGACCCUGGAGAAUACAUUCAAGUGUUACGAUCUGGAAACUGGACCACCCUUGGAUGUGGAGCUGUCACGCGAAGAUGCUCUGUCCAUGUACACUAAGAUGGUUGAGGUGCGUCGCUUGGAGAUAAUAGCAGCAGAAUUCUAUAAACAAAAGAAGAUACGAGGCUUCUGUCAUCUGUACAAUGGCCAGGAGGCGGUAGCUGUGGGCAUGACAUCGGUAAUGCGAAAAACGGAUACAGUAAUAACGGCCUACCGCUGCCAUGCCUGGACAUAUCUCAUGGGUGUUUCGAUGUAUGCCCUGCUGGCCGAACUCUUGGGUGUUCGCACUGGCUGCAGUCGCGGCAAGGGCGGUUCCAUGCACAUGUAUGCGGAUAACUAUUACGGAGGCAAUGGCAUAGUGGGUGCCCAAGUGCCGAUGGGCGCUGGCAUUGCUCUGGCCCAUCGCUAUAAGGACGAUGAUGGCGUGUGCAUUGUCUGCUACGGCGACGGUGCGGCCAAUCAGGGCCAGAUAUUCGAAGCCUACAACAUGGCCAAGCUUUGGUGUUUGCCGUGUAUAUUUGUGUGUGAGAACAAUGAGUAUGGCAUGGGCACAGAAACGAGUCGAGCGUCGGCCAAUACAGACUUCUAUAUGCGUGGACAGUAUAUACCUGGCCUCUGGGUGGACGGCAAUCAGGUGCUGGCCGUGCGCAGUGCCACACAGUUUGCCAUCGAUUUCGCUCAGUCGAAUGGCCCCAUUGUUCUUGAAAUGUUUACUUAUCGUUAUAUGGGUCACUCCAUGUCCGAUCCGGGAACUUCGUAUCGGACCCGCGACGAGGUACAGAAUGUUCGCGAAACCCGGGAUCCCAUCACGAAUUUCCGUAACCAAGUUGUAAGGCUAUGCCUAGCCAGCGAAGAGGAACUGAAGCAAAUCGACGAUAAUGUUAAGAAGCAAGUGGGAUUGGAUGCCAAGAAAGCUUUGCAAGAUCGGGAAGUCGAUGAGCACGAGCUGACAGCGGAUGUGUAUGCCAAGAAUGUGGAGCCCAAAAUUCGUGGCGUAUCCGGUUAUAAUCUAGAGCAUCGCCAGGUGACAGAAGUGUGUCUGGGCAAGCCAAAACCCACGCCAGCCAAGGAUAUGAAGGAUGUGCCGGUGGGCGAUGCAGCACUUCUUGCCGCCCAAGCGGGAAAAAUGAAGAAAGAUGGCAAAAAAACGGACGAAGCAGCAGAUGGCGAUAAAACCAAACCAUCAGACGGUGAUAAAACCAAACCAGCAGAUGGUGAUAAAACCAAAACACCCACAAAAAAGGGCGAAGGGGAAGAGUCUCAAUCGAACGCCAAAGUACCACCGGCAAAGGGAGAAACUAAAGCAGCCGGAACACCACCAGUAACGACACCACCUCCUGCUGCAACACCACCAGCUACAACACCAGGGAAAACUCCAGCUGCACCACCAGGAAAAACUCCAGCAGCAACAGCAGGCAAAGCUGCAGCUGCACCACCAGGAAAAACUCCAGCAGCAACAGCAGGCAAAGCUGCAGCUGCACCACCAGGAAAAACUCCAGCUGCAACACCUGCGAAAACUCCAGCUGGAGCCCCGGGCAAAGUUACAGCUGCUCCAGCGCCAUCAGGAAAAACUCCAGCCUCACCACAGCCGAAAAAUCCACCCGCUACAUCACCGUCUUCACCACCCAAAGCCGAGCCACCUGGCUCAGGCGGCGCACCAAAGUCACCUAAACCCAAAAAUACGCCAAAAAAGUAGCAAACAUAAACUUAAGCAAUUUUACUGAAACCCCAAAAUAAAAUUUGCAAAUUUUGAAAA